AGCAACCCGGAAGUCUCGUCACUGUUGCGGAGUCACAAUCUUUACUCGUUAGUGUCGUUUGACUCUAAAAUUCGUGACUUUGUAAGUUCCGGAAGCAUAUUUUGUUAAAAUUGUUUGUUGUUAAUGAACGUUUUAGUAUUUGUCGCCUGCUCUGAAUGUUUAUUAUCAGUAGUGUAAGACUUCGUAGUGUUAUUUAUUUGUCGAAUUGUUUUACAUUUGCAAAUUGUAUUCGAUAUUUCAGUCAAAAAUGCAGACAAGUAGUAGUAAUGGAGAUGAAUCGGGAAAUAAACAUGAAGGAAAUGAUAAGAAGGUGGAACCAUUAGUUUAGGAACAAUAGGGACAAUAGUAGACAUUGAUUGGUCGAUGUGAACAAUGGUGAUUAUUGAUUGUCAAUGGGAGCAAUGGUGGUCAUUGGUUGGUCAAUGGGAGCAAUGGUGGUCAUUGAUUGGUCAAUGGGAACAAUGGUGAUCACUGAUUGGUCAAUGGGAACAAUGGUGAUCAUUGUAAGAAAGUAAUCAACAACAGAGUGAAUACAUGUGGCCCUGUUUGAUAUGAUAUUUCCACAUCUGAUCAUCAGUCACCUGCGGUCUUCAUAUUUACACACCUACUUCUACUUCUUUACACACCUAGGAUGUUUACACACCUACUUCUUCCCGAGCUGUUCAGCCCCAGAGAGGAAUGUCAUUGACCGGUUCUCUCUCAUCAUCAUAGACAGAUUCAUAAAGAAAUGGGCAAGGAGAGGGUAAGUCACUGCUGCGUGCACUGCGGAAAGAAUUUUACUAAAAAGAGUCAUCUCCAGCAACAUCAGCGCGUUCACACCGGAGAGAGACCAUAUCGGUGCUUACAGUGCGGAAAAGAUUUCAGUCAACAAAUCAAUCUAAAAACCCACCGGCGCAUUCACACCGGAGAGAAGCCGUUUCGCUGUUCGUACUGUGGAAAGAGUUUUACUCAGCGCUGUGAUCUCCAGCGGCACCAUCUCAUUCACACCGGAGAGAAACCGUUUUACUGCUUGCAGUGUGGAAAGAGUUUCCGUAAACAAAGCAGUCUCAAAGAGCACCAGCUGAUUCACACAGGAGAGAAGCCACAUCACUGCUCGCAGUGUGGCAAGGGGUUCACUCGACAUAGCCGUCUCCAGCACCAUCAACUUGUUCAUACCGGAGAGAUGCCGUACAAAUGCUUGCAGUGCGGAAAGGGCUUUAUGAGCGGACACAACCUCAGGAGGCAUCAUCUUAUUCACACUGGAGAGAAACCGUUUUACUGCUUGCAGUGCGGGAAGAGUUUUACUCAGCAGAAUGACCUCCAGCGCCACCAACGCGUUCAUACUGGAGAAAAACCAUAUUACUGCUCGCAGUGCGGGAAGAACUUCUUCCGGCACAGUCACCUCCGCCAGCACGAGCGCAUCCAUACCGGUGAGAAGCUGUACCGCUGCUCACAGUGCGGAAAGACUUUUUCGUGCCAGAGUUCUCUCCAGCAACACGAUCACAUUCACACAGGAGUGAAGCCGCACCGGUGCUCACAGUGUGGAAAAGGUUUCAUCAGCAGACACAACCUCAGAAGGCAUCAGCUUGUGCACACAGGAGAGAGGCCAUAUUACUGUGAACUGUGCGGAAAGGGGUUUACGCAGCAGAUCGAUCUCCAGCGCCACCAGAACCUCCACACAGGAGAGAAGCCAUAUUCUUGCAUGCAGUGCGGGAAGAGUUUUGGUGACAAACGACAUGUUAAAAGUCAUUCGUGCGUUCAGACAGACAAUAAGACUUUUACUGCUGACAGUCUUGGAAAUGCUUCACUUAAUCAGAUAUGUUAAAAAAAAAAAAAAAAGACAAGCGUAUGAUGGUUUACAGUCAAAACUUUACUGACACAUGAUGCCUAUGUAUGGUUCUUCUCCAAAUGUUUUUACCGCAGGGGUGGCCAACCCGCGGCUCCCGAGCCGCAUGCGGCUCUUUUCCCGGUUUCAUGCAGGAUUUACUUUCAUACCGAAGUUUAUAUUUGUGUGUUUUUAAUAUGCGUGUUCGUGUCGCUUGAGUUCAAUACAGUAUUUUUGUCAAACACGCAUGUGAGUGGGAUGAAAAUACCUCAAAGUUUCCCAGUAGGAGCAAGAUCAUUUGAGUAAACAAUUUGUCAAGUUUCGCUCUCAAAAUGGCAGUGGGAAAAAAAGGUGAUGUUAAAGUGUGCCCAUGUGUAUGGUGGCUUUUUGCGGUAACACAGUAAAAAAUGUGGCUCUAGGUCUCUGACUGGUUGGCCACCCCUGUACUACACACUACACACCUACACUAUGUACUCUCCCAUCUAGUGUAUGAUUGUUCGAAGGGUAGUAUUUACUUAAAUAGAAGUAAAUGGAACUGUUGUGUUGAUUGUCAAAUGACACAAAUCAAAUGCACAUAACGCAACACUGCUUACUUUGACACAACACACAUGGGCUAAUUUAUAAGACCGUCUGUAAGCGUGUUGACAGCUGUCUUGAUUAUUUAUUUAUUAUUCUUUUUUUUAUUUUCUCACUCAGCAUCUACUACACACCUGCACAUGUAUGUGAUUUGGGAUGCAACAGCAUUACAAUUCAACUUCACUGGAACUUAGAGGCCCAAACAUUGUUCCAGCUUGACAAUGCUGCUGUGCACCAAGCCCCUGAGCUCCAUGAAGACAUGGUGUAAAGGUUAAGGUUGGACUAAAAGAACUUGAGUGUCCUCUGACUAGAGCCCUGAUCCAAACCCACUGAAAACCUUUGGGAUGAAUUGGAAAUGGUGUGUACUCACCCGACAUUAGUGUCUGAUCUCACUAAUGCUCUUGUAGCUAAACGAACACAAAUCCCCACAAAACUAAAUUCCAACAUCCACACCCAGAAGGGUAUAGACUGUUGUAUCAUACAUGCCAGUGUUUUCAGAAUGGGAUGUUCAAUAGUCAGGUGUCCACAUACAUAUGAUCAUUUACGAAAAGUAAUUCUUUAUUGCACUACUUUAUAAUAAUCCUGUCUGUGUCAGAUGUGGGAUGUGGUAGCCUAGCGGUUAAGACGUUAGACUACCAAUCGGAAGCUUGUAGGUUUGAACCCCAAGUCCAUCCAGCUGCCUCUGCUGGGCCUCUUUGCUCAUUUGUAUAAAAUUGAGAGAAAAAAAAUGUAAGUUGUCUUAUGACUUUAUGACCAGCUUGCUUGAAAUUAAGGUUUUACUUGUACUGUAAAUGUAACCAGGUUGAUAGCUUUAUAUUAAUAGUAUGGAGAAUUAAGCAGUCAUUUUCACAGUUCUAUAGUUGGUGUGUCCAAUAUAUUUGCUGUAAUGAUUUUCCGUUUUAUUUUACCGAUUUAUUUAGGUUUACAAUCCGUUGAGUAAUGUUCAAGUUAAAUGCCUAGCUCACAUCCAGAAGUCACAGCUAAUUAUAUUUUAUAUUUAUAAUUAUAUUUUUUGCAGAAACCCAACCUUCCACUUUGUUCACUAGAAUAAUGGGUGUGUAUAAAAACAGGUUCUGGUGAAAAUACAGGAAAGGUGCUUCAUAUUUACACUCCACUAUAUUCACAUUCCCGAUUUUAUUUUCAAAAGAGGGAACAAAGAAAAUGUCACUUCACCGUCACUGCAUGCUUGUAAAUGGCAAAAUGAAACCACACCGCCUCUGAGAUUUUGAUGAGAAGGAGCAAAUCGAUGAACAAAGACUGAAUUGUAUGUAAAUUCCAUCAUGAUGUUUGGUCUAAUGAAGUAUUACUUAAUGUGGUGUUCUUCAGUAGUUAAUAAUGAUAAUGUGAUAGUAUUUAACAUAAUAAUGCAUUGUUUAAUGCAUAAUAAUGCUUGUUUUUGUUUAAUAGCAAAUUAUUUAUACACUUUUGCAAGAAUGUUAAUGAGAAACAUUUGUUACUCAUUCCUAUGGUACAAUCUUACACUUUUAAGCCGUGGCCUAAAGGUUUGAGAGUCUGACUCUUAACCCUAAGGUUGUGGGUUCCAGUCUCGGGCAGGCCAUGACUGAGGUGCCCUUGAGCCAGGCAUGGAAACCCCACUUUUUAUAGAUUUUUGUUGUCUAUUUCUUUCUUUCUUUAGACAUAACUGGCUAAAUAAAACACCACACUGACACUAUAAUAUCUCAUACUGGGGAUGUGGUAGCUUAGGGGUUAAGGUGUUGGACUACAGCUCAGAAGGUUGUUAGAUUGAGCCCCGGGUCCACCACCAUCACUGGGCCUCUGACCAAAGGUCCUCAAACUUCAAUUGCUCAAGCUGUAUAAAAUAAGAUAAAAUGUAUAUUUCUUUGCAUAAGGGUGUCUGCCAAAUGGGAAAUGUCAUACAGAUAAGGUUAAUUACUGGGUAUUAAUGUAGACUUAAGCAGUAAUUAUUAUACAUGAGCUCUGGUUAGGAAGCAGUUCUGAUAUAUACCUAUUUGGUCCUACUACACAAACAGUAAAAUGUUUGCUUGCUUGUGUUUCCCCCUCUUUCCACAUUCGUGUAUGUUGUUUCUUUCUGUUGGUUCUCUUUUGUUUAAGCAGAUUAUAGAAAAAUGUAUAUUUGAUUGAAGUCUCUUAAAGUUAAUGUCUUGCACUUUUCCACAUACCAUUAGCUGAAACCAAUUUCUGUACCCUUUUAUUUUUUACCAUUAUCCCUAAUUGCUGAAUAUCCUUGAUAUAUUUAAUCCAAAAAAAGAUAAUUCAAAUCUUUUUGUUCCUUAAUUUCACUUUAUAAUAAAGUUUUGUACACAAGGUAA